AUGGCGUGGAAGGAAGUUCAAUUAAAAUUGUUUUCAUCUCUUCCCAACCUUCCUCCUCCAGUGUUUGAUUAUGUAAAAUACUGUCAGCAUUUAUCAGACACGGUAAUAGAUUCAAUUAUUGAUGGACUGCAGUAUGGAAUUAGCGAAUUUGUAAUAAUCAAAGCAAGCAGGACUGUGUCCAAGAUGGAGUUAUGGAAGUUUUUUAUAAACAAAUGCCUAGCCAUCAAGUUUUUGGAACUUCCAAAUAUUUCAAUUAGCAAGCAUCCGGGAGCCACGAGAUGUUUUGAGCAUCUGACAGAGCUUGAAUGCUGGACUUUUAGGUCGCCAAACCUAUUUAGAGAACUAGCAUUUAUCUGUCACGAUAUUCAAUUUCUAUGUAUAUCAUGUGAUGAGGAUAAUGUGGGAUUGGCAGAGCUCAUCGCUUCGCAACAUAAAUUAGUUGAGGUGACCUGUAUAUCCAUGAACGGUGGUAUAUGUGAAAGAAUUGGGCAGGCUUUAACAACGCAAUCUACUUUAGACACUUUAAACAUAGAAAACAGCCUUUGUUUCAUGCCAGCUGUGUUCAAUUCCUUUUUCAGACUUUCGGAAUUGAAUAUUACUCUUGACGGUGACACUUAUUAUGAUUUGAAUCCUUUGAGAUCAGUUUCUUUACCGAACUUGCAGUAUCUAUACAUUAUGUGUAAUGACAAUUAUCCACCACUAGAUAUUUAUGCAGGGUUGAUCGAAAGAACUCGAGGAAAAUUAAAAAAAGUUGAAAUUAGAUCUUCCCAUUAUCUUCAAAAAACAGAAUACUUCUCAUUGUUAAUCCGAGCAAUUUCAAGUUCUUGUCCAGACAUCAAGGUCGUUUGCAUUUUUUACACAGAAGCGGAAAUCAAAGAAUUAAGAGACCUAAUUGGAGCUUGUAAUAGUCUAGAAGAAAUUACAAUUAAUGGAAGAAAAAUUAGAAAUGAGCAUGGUGCUCCUCUUGUCAAACCUGUAUUCGAUAUAUUGUUAGCUGGAUCACGAAACUUGCGGGAAGUAACGUUGCUUGGUGAAUGGAAAAGUUCGCAAGAGGAGAUAAAUAAUUUUUUCGAAUCUUGGAGAAAACUUGAAACUAUGUAUUGA